CAAAAAAACUAGUAAUUAGGAUGAUGUGUGUACCGUAUUUUCAAAUAACUUAGUUAUAGUAACAGGCGAUAAUCAACUCUGAUUAGCACACAAAUUAAAAUCAAGUGACAAUUUAUUUGAUGUAUUUCAAUGAAUUUGAUGAAUAGUGAUAAACGUACCCGAUCAGUGAAUUGGGAUGAAAAUGAAAAACGAUUACUGGUUGAUUAUGUGAAAAAACAUAUUACAAUAUUAGAAAAUGUACGACCUGAUACUGAUACGAAUAAAAAGAAAAAAGUGAUAUGGCAAAUGAUUGAGGAUAAAUUACGUGAUAAUGGUUAUUCAAGAGAUGCAGCUCGAAUUAAAGAACAAUGGAGACGAUUAAAAGCAUAUGCAAAACGUAAUAUUAUGAAAUAUCGUCAACAAGUUGAGAACUGUGAUGAUCCCGCUUCAAUACAAGAGCCAAGUAUUAUAGAUUAUGAAAUAUGGGAAUUAAUACCGCAUGAAUGUAAUGAGGAUGAUAAUAAUUUAUCGGAUUCGAAUUCUAGUUUACAUCCUAAUAAGAAACGAAAAAGACAAAAUGAUUCUGAUUUCGAAUCAGAUUCAAGUUGGACCCAAUUAGAAACUAGUUUACCACCUCCAAAUACAAAUACGGAACCACAAAAUGUUAAUAAACCACAAUUCCCAACUAUUAAUUUAUUCUCAAGUGUAUUAAAUCCUACUGAAACGGAAUCAAGUACACCCCAAGAAAAUAAUACUAAAAUUAAGGAAGAAAUAUUAGAUAUCGAGGCCCAAGAAGAUAUGGAUCCGGAAUCAGAACAUUUUGAUCAUAUUGACGUACCUGAAGAUGAAUCACAAGACAUACAAGAGGCGCUGAAUGGUGAAACGAAUGAACUUACGAAUGAUAUGUUGUUACCAGACGAGUUAAAUUUUUCCAUGAAAUUACCACCAUUACAUAAAAUUAUUCAAGAACCAAUCGCACAACAACCUCAUAGGACAAUGGACAAUUUAAUAACUCCAAUAAACAUGUUGGAACCAAUAGAUAAAACAAAAACUUCAUUAGAAAAUGAAAUAUUAAUAUUAAAAAAACGUUUAUUAGAAGCAAAUUUAGAACGUUUAGAAACCAAAUCAAAAUUAGAUAUUGAAUUUCAUCAACAUAAAAUGAAAUUAGAGAAUAUGAUUGCAAAGAAACGCUUAGAACAUGAAGAAGAAUUUCAUAAAUUACAAGUACAAUUAGAACGAAGAUAUUAUAAGAGGCGAAUGGAAUUUAUGGCCAUUGGUAUGAUUUAAUAAAUGAAGAUUCGCCGAAGUAGUCGGGUAAAAAUUAUGUUGAACUG